CAAGAAAUAAAAGGUUGAAGGUGAGCGACUGCGCAGUAGCCAAAGGAGUGGGGAUUGUUUCCGUAUACUGUUGUUUGUUGUUCAUCGUCUGAUUCAGUGUAUUGUCCCCUACUGUGUUGAGUGGGGCUCUACCGUUACAGUUGUCGUUUUUAUUUUAUUUUUAUCCAACAUUACUAACUAUAAUGCAAGGGCUUGUAGUUUUGAGCUGCCUAAUUGCUUUAGGCCAAGCAGUGUCAUUCUUCGAUCUCAGUGCUGAUGAAUUCACUCUCUUCAAGAAAUUUCAUAGAAAGGACUAUGCUAAUGAACUAGAAGAAAGUUACAGAAAGAAAAUAUUUCUUGAAAACAAAAAAAGGAUAGAGAAACAUAACUAUAAAUAUAAGCAAGGCAAAGUGUCAUUCAAAUUGAAGCUGAAUCAUUUGGCAGACAUGCUACUUCACGAGUUUUCUGAUGUAUACCUCGGAUUCAAUAAGUCAUUGAAAGCCCAUAAUAAGCAGUUGCAAUCUUAUACUUUCAUACCACCUGCACACGUCACUUUAAAUAAAGAAGUCGAUUGGAGGACUAAGGGUGCUGUAACACCAGUAAAGAAUCAGGGUCAUUGUGGUUCCUGUUGGGCAUUCAGCUCGACUGGUGCACUGGAAGGCCAGAAUUUCCGCAAAACUGGAAAAUUGGUAUCUCUCAGCGAACAAAACCUUGUAGACUGUUCUGGUGCCUAUGGAAACAACGGCUGUGAAGGAGGUCUGAUGGACAAUGCUUUUCAAUAUGUCAAGGAAAAUCAUGGCAUCGACACUGAGAAGUCUUAUCCUUAUGAAGCUGAGGAUGAAACCUGUAGGUUCAGGAAAAGCAGCAUCGGGGCCACGGAUUCUGGAUUUGUCGACAUUCCACAAGGAGAUGAAGAAGCACUUAUGCAGGCCGUUGCCACAAUUGGCCCCAUAUCUGUCGCCAUCGACGCCUCCCAUCAGUCCUUCCAGUUUUAUUCAGAGGGUGUCUACUACGAACCCGAUUGCAGUUCUGAAAACCUAGAUCAUGGUGUCCUCGUCGUAGGAUAUGGUGUUGAAGAUAAUCAGAAGUAUUGGCUUGUCAAGAACUCGUGGGGAAGCCAAUGGGGCGAAGGGGGUUACAUCAAGAUGGCAAGAGACCAAGAGAAUAAUUGUGGCAUAGCAACACAGGCCAGCUACCCUCUGGUCUAACGCAGCUCGGGUGUGGUAAAUCUAUGCUCUUAAGCGAAGUUUGGUUCUUCUGUGAUAUACCCUCGGGGAAUUACAUUACGUCUAUCAAGAAAGUGUUAUCUCAUUAGUUAAUGUGAAGACUAUUUUUAAAAAAGUUAAGAAAAUUUAUUAGUGAUUGACCAGAUCUGAAUGCUCUUGCGAGUACGCCUUAUUUUCCAAACACCAAUGAGUUUGGUUUAUUAUAUUAGAUAUAUAGAUACUAUAUAUUUCUCUAUAGUAAAUUUUUGUAUUCUACAAUAAAAAAGGUUAUAAACUCAUGUUUUUCCUUUAA